AUGGAUAGUCCACAGAAGCUCCACACACAAACACCUUCUCCGGAUACCCUGAACCCCUUCAUAUACUUGUACACAUCAUCCGAUCAGUCUGUUUCACCACCUCACCAAAUUCCCGAGCUUUCUAAAAAUGACAAAUUAAUUCAUGACCAGGCAUACCUUGACAUUGAAAACCAAAUAAAAUCCAAUGGAACUUCCCCACGAAACUCUAAGCAUAUUGUAACAGACCUCCCUCCAAUUGUGACGGUGGUUGAAUCUGUAAAACGAUCUGGGUCCAUCGUUUCAAAUAGUGCUUCUUUAAGAAACAGGAACAAAUUAAAGAGUAGAACCAAGAUGAUGAAAAGAAGCGACGCUGUAUCAGUUGGAGUUGCAUCAGGUGUACAUACCACACACAUACAUCAUAAUAUAGCCCAAAGAGACCCUAUACACUAUAACAUACGACAACACGAGUACCUUGACGCAUUUUCAAAUGUUGAUGAUUCCAGAGCCUACAAUGAAUCUAAAGUCAAAUAUCGUACUAAAAAUUUUCAAUUUCUGGUGAAGAGAAAGACUUCACUCAAGAGGAAGUCUGCUCCAAACGGAUAUUCAAAUCUUUCAAGUGGACCACCGAAAUUUAAAGAUCAAACAGACUUGAAUGAAUUCCUUGAUUAUUGUUACAAGAAUCCAAAAACCAAAAUUUCAGAAUUGCUUCCUCGUGCAGUGCAAUUCUUUGAAUUCCGCCAGCUCAUUUCACGUAAACCACAUCUAGUGGGUGCAUUCAAAGAUAUCAAAGACACAGAAUUGGCAACCAUGUUGAUACUGCCAGAACCAAAACCAGUUCCUGUCAAGAUACCAAUAAGGGAUAUUAAAAUAUCCUCACCAAUAAAGGAAAGUUUUACCAAGAAUGACUUUAACCCUUACACUGCAUCGAAGGAUUAUAACGCAGAACAAACUGGCACAACUUCAAGUGGGCUAGGUUUAGCGGCAGGUGGUGUUGCAUUAGGAUCAACUCCAAGGGGAAAGUCUUCUUCUAAAUCUAUUUUGACUGGAUCACCAGGGGCUAAGAAUAGAAUGAGUUCAGUACCUCCACAUCAAUAUAAUACUUUACAGCCUCAGGUCACAACCCCUUAUAGCCAUUAUCGCGACACCCUCUAUGCAUCAAAGUCUCUUGAACCUGUUGCAUAUUCGAAGUUCUUCCCCGGAAGUACCAUGUCUCGGAAGACUAUUGCACAAAUGAAUAGAACCGUGUAUCUUGAGGUUCUCAUGAGAAGGACCUUGGCAGCCAAGAUCUCUUACAGAUUGAGAAAUAAUAAUGGGAAGCGUCUUAGUACAUCUGAACUCGAGGAAUCUAGCUCAACGUCAGGUGACACUGAUUUCGAUCCUAAUCCUAACUCACACGGAGGACUUCCAAAACUAUCCAGAGGGUCUGAUGAUUCAGAAUCUGACGACGAAUCUAUUCAUACUGCGGACCUUAUCCGCCGUACCUCCUUGCUUUCAUCCGAUCUCUUACCAUCUCCACAAAUUUCAUAUUCUACAGGUAUCUUUGGGAAUAUAGGCGAAUUUGAAUUCCCCGAGUUUGAUCUGCCACUGCAGAAAUCUGUCGUUUCUGUUGAAUUGAUCAAGAAAUGGUCACCACAACAAACAAUGCCAGUAUCAAGCGAUCGUGUAUACGUGAACGACUUUAACAAGACCUAUUUUGCUCAGUAUGGAACUACGAAUGUACCAAAUUCUGGAGUUGUUAACGUGGACACAUUCGAUAGCAUUGUAUCCGAAAAGAAUGAUAGCCCGGAGUCUAAUAUUUUGCAUAACAACAUGUACGAGCUUAAACCAUUGAACCGGUCAUCCGAAACAGUCACUUCAUCUGAACCCGAAUCUAUGGGAACACCAACUCCAGUGGAUCGUUCGUCAAAGGGAAGAAGUUCGCGUACUAAUAGUACCAGUGAGAACACCACUUCAUUCCCAAGGGCUUUAAAUAAGAGACACAGCUCCAUCUCUUCGUCAAUAGUACUCCGAAGUCAAUUAGAUGACAUUGCAAGUCAAAUUACCACAUUUAUGAAUGAGGAAAUCCGGUUGAGAGCACAAGAAAGUCCUGUUAUCUUCCCAGUCGUAGGGGAAUCUUCUCCAUCGCCUCAUGUCGUGUUUCUGGAUAACAAAUCCGAAAAGGUCGAGUACUUGAUGAAAAACGCAACUCGUGUCAAACAUCUGACGCAUUCAAUGAUUGAUAUCAAAUCAAUGCAAGGCUCAUUGAGAGUGGCUGGUCCACUUUCGGAAGAGUCUCGAUCUGUCCGUGAAGAAGAACUGGUAUCAUUUACCAACUUUUCUAUUAAUCCACAACGAAAGACUCGUACUUCUCCACCAAACAGACUUAAUCAUUCACUCAAGAGUAUUGCAGACAGCUCCGUGUACAGUAGCUCAAGUAAAUAUGACUCUUCAUCAUGA